GUGAGUUUCACUGAGCAUAUCCUGUUACAAAGAUGACAUCCCCCUGUGGAGAGGCAAACCUCCGAGGAGAGACAGGACCGAAGGCCACAGUGCGCCCACAGGCUGAAGCCGCCAGGUAAACAUGUCGUCUAAAGUGGACAGUCCUCCAUCUUAUGAGGACGCAGUACAACAGCCUAAGUAUGGAAACUACCCCCAGCAGCCGCAACAUGGCUCCCCUCUUCCACCACCUCCAUCGUACAGCCCCAGUCCCAGCAUGUUCCCUGGCACCCCUGGCUACUGGGGCCAGGAAGGCAUCCACCCGCGGGCCGCAAUGUGGGCAGCAGCCCCUGGCUUCUCUCCGUCCGGGACGCCGUCCACAAUACCGACUCUGUCUGCUGGAGUGCCUGCGUCCAACUCAGGAGACAUGGGGGAUCUUCUGAGCGCCCAGUGGGAGAGCACAUCGAUUCGGCAUGGCUUCAUCAGGAAGGUUUACUUAAUUCUUACAGCACAGCUUGCUGUCACCUUUUCAGUCGUUGGCGUCUUUACAUUUGUUGACCCAGUGAGGCUGUUUGUCAUCAGAUACCCUGGCAUCUACUGGGCAUCUUUUGUGGUUUAUUUUUUGGUGUACUGCAUUCUCAUCUGCUGCAAAGAGCCGAGGAGACGUUUCCCAUGUAAUCUUGUGCUGUUGGGAAUAUUUACUCUGGCCUUGUCUUACAUGUCUGGAACAAUUUCGAGCUAUUAUGAAACGAAAGCCGUGUUCCUCGCCAUGGGAAUAACAGCAUUAGUUUGUAUAGCUGUCACAAUCUUCUGCUUCCAAACUAAGGUGGAUUUCACCUCCUGCGGGGGCCUUCUCUCUGUUGCCGCCGUUUUGCUCAUGAUCAUAGGGAUUGUUACGGCAGUCGUCCUCUCCUUCCAAUAUGUCCCCUGGCUGCAUAUGCUCUACGCUGCAAUUGGAGCUGUCGUUUACACUCUGUUUCUGGUCUACAACACCCAGCUUCUUAUUGGAAACCGUGAGUUGGCCAUCAGCCCAGAGGAGUACAUCUACGGAGCGCUCUCUCUCUAUGUUGACAUUGUUCACAUCUUCCUCUUCAUCCUUCAAAUCAGCGGAGCAGCGACUGAAUGAGCCCCAUGGUCAGAGCGUAUCUCAUCAUCUCAAGACUUUACUUUGUAUUGUAUUCGUCAUUAAACAAAAUGCUAAAUGCAAAGUGUGUAAAUUUGGAUACUAUCAAUUCCACUGUAAACUGUAUAUAUUUUUAUGACAGUCACACAUGAGCACUUUGAUCUCCUCUUGCACUGUAUGAAGGUGGAAGUGGAUUUAAAGUUUUUAUUCUCCCAAAUGUGAAUGAACAGAGAUUCUAAAG